UGUUUAUACAAAAUAAAAAUAAAAAUCAGAAUUCAAUAUUCAUAUAUCUCAUCCGAGUUGUAUAUGGUACAGCCUGUUCUUCUAUAUUGCCUUAUUUUCAUGUAAAAUUUAAUAAUUAUCCUAAAUUUGUUAUUAAAUAUUUAAUUCAAUUAGGUUACUAAAUAAUUGCUGAUCGCUAUGGACCUAAUUCAAGCUGUAAAAUUAUAUAUAAUAAAGAUGACUGAAGACUGUGGUCCUGGAAUGAAAGUACUACUUAUGGACAAAACCACUACAAGUAUCGUUAGCGCAGUUUUUAGUCAGUCAGAAAUACUCCAGAGAGAAGUAUAUUUAUUUGAACAACUAACAUCAACUAGUAGUUCAGAUAGUAUGUAUCACAUGAAAUGUAUCACAUUCUUACGGCCAACUAGAGAAAACAUAUCUUUAUUAUGCAAAGAGUUACGUAAUCCUAGAUACGGUUAUUACUAUAUAUAUUUCAGUAACAUAAUUUCAAAAACUGACAUCAAGACAAUUGCGGAAAGUGAUAUCCAAGAAGUUGUACGAGAGGUGCAAGAAUAUUAUGCCGAUUACUUAGCAAUAUCUCCUCAUCUUUUUUCACUCAAUAUUCCAUCUUGCGGACAAUGUCUGUCCUGGGAUCCACUUCAGCUUACACGAUGCACUCAAGGAAUUAUUUCUGUUUUAUUAUCAUUGAAAAAAAAUCCAUUGAUACGAUUCCAAGCUUCUUCAAAAAUGAGUAAACAACUCGCUGAAAAAAUCAAAGUAAUAUUUUCAAAAGAAGAAAAUCUUUUCAAUUUAAAGCAAGGUGAUAUACAACCACAAUUACUAAUUUUGGAUCGGAGAGAGGAUCCAGUUACUCCACUAUUGAUGCCGUGGUCUUACCAAGCUAUGGUCCAUGAGUUGUUGACUAUAAAUAAUAAUCAAGUGGAUUUAAGUCAUAUUGAAGACAUAAAACCAGAUUUUAAAAAAGUAUUAUUGUGUGCUGAACAAGAUGAUUUGUAUAAACAAAAUAUGUAUAAAAAUUUUGGUGAGAUUGGCGAGAUAAUGAAAUCUUUAAUUGAUGACUUUAAGUCAAAAGCAAAAAAUCACCAAAAACUUGAUACCAUAUCAGAUAUGAAAGCUUUUGUUGAAAAUUAUCCACAGUUCAAAAAAAUGUCUGGUACAGUUGCUAAACAUGUAAUAAUAAUGGAACAAUUAUCAUGUUAUGUUACAAAGAAAAAUCUCUUAGAAGUAUCCGAAUUACAGCAGCAAAUUGCUUGUGAUAUUCAAUCUUCUCAACAUACUCAGAAAAUUAGAGAGCUAAUUGAAAAAAAUAUACCAGAUGAGGAAGCGAGUAAACUUGUUAUGCUAUAUGCUUUAAAAUCAUUCAGCAAGGAUAGUAAUAGAGAAUUAACUAGUUUAAUACAAAUAUUGAAAUCAAAAAAAGUUGCCGAACAUUGGAUAGAGCUUGUACAUGAUGUUAUGAAAUUCCAGAGUAAAAUAAUAUUAGAUAGUGAAAAUACAUUAAAAAAUGCAAAACAAAUAACAAAACGAUUUUAUAAGGACUUGAAGGGUGUUGACAAUAUAUUUACUCAACAUGUUCCAUUGAUGAAGGAAUUAGUUGAAGAUUUGAUAAAAUCAAGAUUAAAAGAAGAACAAUAUCCAUUCUUAAGUGAUAUAAAUCAACCAACAAAAAAGGUGCAAGAUAUAAUUGUUUUUGUAAUUGGGGGUGUUACAUAUGAAGAAUCAAUGGCAAUACACAAUCUGAACAUAGCAAAUCCACAGGUUAGAAUUAUAUUGGGCGGUAGUACGGUACACAAUUCCUCCAGCUUCUUAAAUGAAGUUAAAUUGGCCACAUUUGGAGUGAUUAAAAGUAGAGGUGGAUCUCGAAAAUUAUAAAUAACUCUAUAAGUUUCAACACAAUACUAUUUAUGUAYAUAUAUUUUUUUUUGGUUGAUACUUUUAUUUAUUAAUUAAUAAAAUUACCUAAUGUUUUUAUG